AUGUCGUUACGACUCCCAGGCCUGACGCUGGGACUGGCCGUCUUUGCCAGUCUCGCCAGUGCAACAUUCCACGAAGUCACAGUUGGCAAGGGAGGCCAAUUGAAGUUCGACCCCGAGACUCUGACUGCCCAGCCGGGCGAUCAGAUCAGAUACAGUUUCUUCGCAAAGAACCACGCAGUCGCGCAAUCAACCUUCGACAACCCCUGCCAAAUACAGGAGAACGCCAUAUUCUCGGGCUUCACAGCCACCGACUCUCCUGACGUUGCCGCACCAACUACUUUUAUCAUUACCGUAAAUGACACGAAGCCGCUCUGGUUCUACUGCCCUCAGAGGAAUGGGGAUCAUUGUCAAAAGGGGAUGGUCCAGGCUAUCAAUGCUCCCUCGUCGGGCAACACAUUCGAUGCCUACAAGGCCAAGGCACAGAAGGCGUCGACUCCAAGCACACCGCCAGUGGGCACCCUGCCGGCUGGUGGCCUACGGAAGCUCCACGUCGACGUUGGAUUCAACGCGGACUUGGUCUUCAACCCAAAUAACGUGACCGAGCUUGUCGGCACUGUGGUGGAGUUUGGCUACAACCCGGCUAACCACUCCAUCGUACAAUCAUCGUUUGACGCACCUUGCCAGCCCCUGGAAUCGGGCGGCUUCAUUGCACCAUUCGUCCGAACCCAGCAAACACCGUCAGGAGUGACAUUCGAAGUCACCGUUACAGAUACCAAGCCUAUCUGGUUUUACUGCGCCCAGACCGCAAAGACUCACUGCCAAGCGGGUAUGGUUGGCUCUAUCAAUGCUGCUGUUGACGGCAACAAGACGUUCCAAGCUUUCAAGGACCUCGCGGCCAAGGCGCCACCUAGCACGAUUACAGCAAACACACCGCUCGUUGGUGUAUUGAAAGUCAACGGCACCUUGAUCAACGAUGUUGGUAGCGCAGUGCUGAACACAACGGCACUGGAUCCAUCGCUAAUCUACGAAAUUCCUCCCCCAGGUAGUGACUAUCCUCCAUACAUUGGAGGCAUGGCGGGUGGCAACCAGCCAGGUGACUAUGGCUGGGGAGCGAAUAUCACCGAUGAAGCCGUCGAGUUCUUGCAAAUCCUGCAGCUCCUCGCCAACUUCAAGGUCGCCAUCCUACUCGAGGGAUUCACGAAACUUAGGUAUGGCGAGUGGGCCGGCGCGUAUCCCGCAUCCAUCACCAACACCAUCGGGUCCCUUGCGGCUCAAGCGCUGAUUCACCGCCGGGCCUACACCGAUAGUCUACAGCAUUACUCCAAGGACCUCAUGAGCGUCUGCCAGUACACUCUGCCCUUGGACACCGUCGACGACUGGCUACAGGCUCUGCUGACCAUGAUGACCCUGUCGAUGGGCGCCAACAUCGACAUCAUCUCCCUCGCAGUCACUUCGGAUCCUUGGUUAGUUCCUGCUCUUGCCACGGCCCUGGGCUCCGAGGCCCGCAUGACAGCCCUCAUCAACCUGAUGCAGAACCACGUCGCCUCCACCGCGCCGCGUGAGGCCCUCAUGCCCUACCAGCUAGCCGCGUCGUUUAUGAUCAACAAGUACGCCGGCGGCGGCAGCUGCGACGCCGUCAAGGACCAGGUCAAGGUGUUCCCGGCCCUGAACAUCACGAACAAGGUCGCCCAGCCCGACGGCGGCCGCCUGACGCAGGUCACGGUCGAGGUGCCGAGCGAGAGCAAGGGGGACCACUGGCUGGCGUGGAUCGGUGCAUGGGGCGGUGUUGAAUACACGGUUGUGGCAUCCGAUGGCACGGCUCCGGUCCCCGACAGCCUAUCUGGACAUGUGUGGGUAGUCUUGACCAUGGCGAAGGACUUGAAGGUCCGUGAUAUCGAGACGGCUGCGGUGGCGGGACCAGAGCUGGUGUGGACUGCACAGCAGUGGGCCUCGUGA